CAGUUGAACCCGCGACCAGCCGCCGGUGGAGAUGACUUGAACAGCGGAUAUCAGGACAGUUUCCUCCCGCUCUUUCAGCUUUUAUCGGAUUUUAAUAUGCCAGAAGACCCCAAAUACUCUCAUGGAAACUGCUAUUUUACUCCGAGUAAGCCAACUGUUGAGUUCGUGAAGGCGUCAUGGCAAAUGUUAAAGUUGCCAUCCGCGUCCGUCCUCUCAACGCGAGGGAGAGCGCAGAUGGAGGAAGGUUAGCGGUUCAAGUGGAGGACAAGCUCGUUAGGAUCAAAAAUGUAAAGCUGGACGGACGCUCAGAUGGUGCUAUAGAUUCCAGGGAGAAGCUUCUGGAGUUUUGUUUUGACUACUGCUACUGGUCGGUGGACCCUGCAGAGCCUCGCUAUGCGUCUCAGGAGGAGAUGGCCACUCGGGGGGGAUAUGAUAUCGGCUCCAUCUGUUACCCAGAAGUCUCUUUGCCUCAGACAUGGCACGGCUAG